AUGUAUAUAUAUAAAUAUAAGUAUAUUUAAGCACAUUUCUGGAAACCCAAAGUCAGCCAAGCUAUACCACAUUAUAUGAAAUAAACAUUUAGAGAUCCAUUUGAUUACCCAUUAAGAACAAAAAAAGAGAUUGAUGAGUAGUUAAAAUCAAAUCCUCCUACUUAUUAAGUAUUUGCUGAAAUCUCUUUUAUACCAGAUUUAAAAGGAGAUAAUUUACAUAAAAAUAGUGAAGUAAAUUCAUUAGGCAAUUUAUAAUUAGAUUUCUGUCUAUGUUAAUAUAAGCGAAAUGAAUUUAACACCAAAAUAAAGAGAUAGAUUUAUUUAUUUGAUUGGUCCAAGAUAUAAGGGAAAAGAUGAAAUUAAGAUUAAGGUCAAUACUUUUAAUAAUCCUUUAUAAAAUAUUGAAAAAGGAAAGGAAAUGAUAUAUGAACUAUUUUUAGAAGCUAUUAGAGCCCCAUGUGAAUGAG